UGGACAGCAUGGUUGGUUACUUGACGGCUGUGUUAAUAUUUCUAAGGAUAACAUGAAUAAACCCAUUCCUUAUAAAUACUAUGUUUCGUGUGGCAAAGGAAAAUGGGAAUUCAUUUAUAAAGUUUGUCAAAUGUAUGAAGGGCAGCACAGGAUUGUGAAUCGUUGUAUGUUCAUACCACCGGAUAGACUAUGUGGUACAGACUGGCACCAGUAUGAUGAUAUAAUAUGCGCUGACCCUAAUUGGUGGAACCGUGUUAAAGACCAUAUUCCAAGAAUGAAAAAUGCUGAGAAAAAUGUUGUCAAAGGGAAGCAAAUAGCAGCAAAAGUAAUGCUGAAGGGCCUCUUCAGCAUGCUCCACUCUUGGACUCCUAUCAACGUCAAGAAUUUUUUCCAACAAUUGUAUCAGUUUUAUUUGGUGAAUAGUAAACCAUUGAUACAUGACGGGAGUCCAGUUGUAUGGAGAUCUUUAGAGUUUGGAGAUGAACAGGUAACUGGAAUAAAGCCUUCUGAAGAAGCAUUAGUUCCUUCUUUUGAUACCUGUUCUUAA